UUACUGCUAGUCAUAACUAAACCUUUCCUGUGUAAGUUACUAUAAAAUAAUAUUUACUUUCUAUAUGCUGUGCAGUGCUUGAAAAAUGUAUAGUGAUAAUUGUGUUACAAGAAAUCAAAGAUGAAUUCGUUAAUAAUAAUAAAAAAUUCUAUCAGUCGAUACUAUGUCGCUAAAUCUGUCACGUUAAUUGCAAUUGUCGCUAUUGUGAUAUAUAUGUACGCUACGCUGUACGUGCCUGGUGGAAACGAUAACAAACCAAUUUUAUUUGAUAUACUUAGCCAUAAACAUGUAGAAGCAAAUGUAGAAACAGUAUCAAGAGAUGAUGAUAAUGAAGAACAAUUAUAUGAGGAACGAAAUGAAGAUGUGAAAUAUAUUCUACAAUGGCAUAAAAAGGGUUCAUCUCCAUUUUACCUCAUAGGCGAAGAUAACUCUGUCUUCUUUAAGUAUAACUGCCCAUACACGAGCUGUAUAAUGACCGAUGAUCCAAAUUAUUUGUCAGACGUAACGCGCUUUGAUGCUGUACUCUUUCACGGUAAUGAAAUCGAUCACGAGAUAUUAAAGUUACCGCCGAAAAGGUCCACAAAACAGAAAUAUGUCUUCGCUGCAACUGAAUCGGCUCAUUAUUAUCCUAUUCAAAAUCCCAUUUAUGACAACUUCUUUAACUGGACAUGGACUUACAGAUUAGACUCUGAAGUGUAUUGGGGAUACAUAACAAUUUAUGACUUGAAUGGUAUAGUUGUUGGGCCAAAAUUAGAAAUGCACUGGCCGGAUAUGGACCCUAUAGGUAUAGAAAUUCAGAACAAUUUAGUUAAUAAAUCGAAAGCUGCAGCUUGGUUCGUGUCCAACUGCAAUUCUAAAAGUCACAGAGAGCUCGAGGUUACUAAAAUUCAAAUAGAAUUAGCUAAAUAUGGUUGGUCAGUUGAUAUUUACGGAAAGUGUGGAGAAUUAAAGUGUCCCAGAAGUAAUUCGAAAUCUUGCUAUGAAUUAAUAAAGAAAGAUUACUAUUUCUAUUUCUCUUUUGAGAAUUCUUUUGCCGAAGAUUACGUCACGGAGAAGCUUCUGACCGCUUUGAACAAUUAUGCUGUACCGGUUGUGUUUGGAGCGGCCAAUUAUUCAAGGUUUGUUCCACCCGGGGCAUACCUGAAUGCUAGAGAAUUGGGUCCAGAAAAGCUGGCGAAAGCAAUGGAUGAAAUUAUCAAGAACAAGACUCGGUACUACGACUUCUUCAGGUGGAGAAACCAUUUCGUGUAUGAAGAGACAAUUGGAACUAUUGACGGAUGUAAUAUAUGCACAGCUCUGAAUGACCAAGAAAAAUUCAAUACGUACAGUUUAUAUGAAAACUUUAGAAAAUGGUGGAAUGAAUAUGAUUAGGAGUGUUCAUGUUUAAUAUAGUGAUGGUAUAAGAAUAACUUGUGAGCAAUGAUGAUUUUUUGCAAUUGGGUUUUGCUGAAAAAACUCUUACAGUGUUAAGCUUGCUUUUGUACAAUUUUUUUUUUCUAAUAUACAUCUCUAUGUAUUAUUGUACACCGCUCUAUCCGUUGACAUUGGUGCUCCUUUCCACUUUGAGUUUGCUGUAAGAGAAUACUUAGAGUUAAGCUCGCCUUUCUACAUUUAAUUACCUCUGUCAUAUUUUUUUUUUUUUGUAUAAUUAGUGUGUACAGUAAAGCAUUAAAUAAAUAAAUAAAUAUUAUUAGCCUGGACAAUAAAGUACCGAAAACAUAUAUAUACAAACGUACAAGGCAAAAAAAACUCGAAAAUGCAUGUAAGGCUUGUCGGCCUUGUACUUAAUAUUGUCUAGGUAAGUAGAAUAGGAAAUUACUUUUAAACUUUCAGGUUUAAUACUUAUUUAUUUUUAUUUAUUUAAAUAACUUUAUUAACCAAAAGAAAACAUGGCACAAAAGGCGAACUUAAUCCUAGUAGCAUUCUCUACCAGUCAACCUUUGGAAUGAACAAUGAAGCACGAACGCGAUAUUUCAUUAUUAGGAAUAGGUAAAGAAAAUAACAACUAAUAAUGUACAUACAUAGAUAACAUAAAAUGACGAUAAGAUUUAUAAAUAGUAUUUUUUUUUUAUAUUUCUACCGCCCAUUCAGAAUGCUAUUUCAGGUGACAUGAAUGGAGAAGAAUCUCAAAUAUUGUUUAUUUUUUUAAAUAGUUGAUUUUAUAAUCAUAGAUAUUUGUCAAUACAGACUAACAAACCACAUAAGAGUUAUGUAAAUGAUUAUACAAAUGUAAGUCCACUAUUAUAAAUAUUAUAAUGAACUGUAUAUGAACUAAAAUAUAUUCAGAUAUAUUUCAGACUUAAUUCGUGAGAUAGAUAAUAAAUAUACCAUGCAAGAGCGCCAGUUCCACUUGUCCCUGAUGCAAGCACGUUUGUCUUGUAAAAUAAAGUAUCUGCUUAAAUAUCAAUGUUGAUAUAUCAUAAUAAAUAUAGGAUAGGAUAAAAAUUGCCUAAACGUACGUUUCUAAGUUAUGUACACUAGCUGUGGUUACUGUAGUAACAUAAUAUAGUUAACAGUUUUUUUAUGCAUGUUAGAAUAGCAAACAAACUAACAAAGUAACCGCCCAUAAUAUUCCUCAUGCAUUGCCAUUCCUGAGGAUUAAGGUGUUAUGCCUCUGUACCCUAUAAAUUCACUGCCAUAUCCCACACUUCAAACCAAACCAACAAUGCAAACACAACUGCUUCACGGUUGAAACGCAAAUAGAACAAAGGUGCCCAAGCAAACGAUUUUUCUACAGUCUCCCUCUGGUAGUUGAUUGAAGAAAAUUGCCUGUAAUUGAAGAUACUACUGAUAUCACUAUUGUUAAAAUUAUUCAUUAUAACGGCUAGUGCAAUCUACUCGAAACGUAUGGGAGGUAAAUACUUUAUUUAAGACUAGCUUUUGCCCGAAACUUCCUUCGCGUAACCGUGCAUAUUAACUGACCAGGAUAAAAAGUACCUUUCUCUAUCGCAUACAGUACACGCAUACCAAAUUUUAAUUUAUUAAACCAUUAAGACGAUAUAACGUAACAAACAAACUCAUUUCCCCAUUCAUCAUCAUCAUCAUCAUAUCAGCUUUUAAUUGUCCACUGCUGAACAUGAGUCUCCCCCUUGGGGGAUUUUGCCAGUAGUUGCCACGCUUGACAGACGGAUUGGCAACCGCAGUUAGGCUUUAGAGAUGUUUUAAGAGGAACGCUGCUGCCCAUCCCUCGCCCUCCCAUAGUCGACUCUUACAACACCUACGGGAAAGGAAGGGGUGGCGUAUUCUGCGCCAGGAUCACACGUCUCCAUUUCCAUAUUAGUAAGGAUUAAAUCAUUUAUGUUAAAACCUACAAAUCACAUUAUAUUAAGAUAAGAUUAGGAAGAGAUAUUUGCCCAGUAAUGUGAUAUUAACAUGUUUUGUUCAUUAUGAUUAAAAUUAUGACCGUAUUACGGUCAUUCAACCAAGUUUCGUCGUUACAUAUUCAGAGGCGUUUCUCAUUUUAUAAAAGUGCACGAACGUUCCGAGGAAAUUACUCCGGGAAGCGAUCCUUUUUACAAAAAAAAAAGAAACUUCGAGAUUUGUAAGCAUCUUUGUUUGCAAAAACAAUUAAACCCCAUUUUUUUAAAUAAGAACUCGUUUCGUGCUCGACUAGUCCCAAGUCAGUGUAAAACGUGCAGAUUACUGGGGAUUAUAAAUAUUUUCAUUAAUUGAAUGUUAAUAAUUGAACGGCCAUCAGAGCAGCAUAGAAAAAUCCCUGGCAGCGGAAAUUAAAAAGUGCUUCGCGUCCGGUCGGAGUGGCUGGCUUGAGUGCAGUGGAAAAAGUUGGCCGAAACUGGACGGAUUAACUAACCAUUUAAUAAGUAUAUAUUUUGUACAAGUAUUAAGUAUUUUCUAAGGCGCGUGAAUAAGUAGUUGUUUUUAAACUCAAGUACCUAAAUCACCAUUCUUUAUAACUUUAAGUAUUUUCUGAUAUUUACCAAGAUUAUUGUUUGUAUUUCCGUAAAUGUUAAAUGUUUCACACAAUAUGGUAAUGUAAUAUUCUUUUCUUAUACUUUUACUUAUGUAUAUGUAAUUACAAAUACAUAAGUAAAAUUUAAUUAUUAUUAUAGCUAAAAUUUUAAACACCAUAAAACAAAAUAGUCUGCUGUAUCUAAGCCACAUAAAACAGAAUAAAUAGAGCAGUCUUCUGAAUCUAAUGUUACUGAAACACCAGGCAGACUUCAUUGUCAAAAAAUCUAAGCCAGCGGUUCGUGUUCCGAAACACGGGGGUUUAUUGUAAACGCUUAUAACUGGAUAGUUUCAUAGAUGGAGACUUUGUAGAAAAUUCGUUUGCUUGAGCACCUCUAUCCCAUUCGUGUUUUAUCGUAAAGCAGUUGUGUUUGCAUGGCUGUGUUACGGUUUAAAGGAUGGAAUAUGACAGUGAAUUUACAGGGUACACAGGAAUAAUACCUGAGUCCUCAGGAAUGACAACUCAUGGGAGGUAUCAUGAGCGAAAUACUCUGUUAUGUCCAUGGUACUGCUCGUGUCUGUAGGCGACGGUUACCACUUUCCAUCAGGUGGGCCUUCAGCUUGUUUGCCAUUCUAAGUUGCAUAAAAAAAAGGUUAAAUUGAGUUGCAUUGCAAAUUGGCCCUAAAUUUACAAAUAAAGCAAGCUUGUUUUUAAUCACGUGACGUGAAUUGGUCAAGUUUUUAAGUUUGUAAUAAGGAACCAGCAACUCUACUCUAGAAUCUAAUAUCAAUAUCACUCCAAUCUAUUUCCAAUAACAAUUUUAUACUGCAUUCAUGAAACAACAGUUCGAAAUUAGGUUAUAAUUGGGAUCGGUUUACAAUAGUUUUCAUUGGCAAGCCACGUUAAUAUGCAUCUAUCAGAACAAUAUGGAACUGUUACGUCACUAGUAUUGCAAUUCAAGAGUGCGCAAGGUUCGAUUAAUAUCGAUUUAUUGGAAUUUAUAUCAAGUGUAACCACAUAGGUCCCGUUUCAAAAUGGCAGUAAAAAUCGCCAUACUUAUCACUAAGUCUUCAACCUUCGAUACGAAAUGACAUUGUCUCAGAGAAGAUUGUCAUGAUGUCCCAACUUGGAACUUAUAAUUUAUUGGAUUAUAUAGCUAAAUACAUUGUAAUGUAUUAGAUUUUAUAUAGAUGUAAAUAAUAUAAAAUAAGCUGGAAUUAUACAUAUAUUAUUUACAGCCUAUAUAUUUUUUUUUACAACACAGGGGGCAAACGAGCAUGCGGCUCAUCUGAUGGUAAGUGACUACCGCCGCGCAUGGUCACUCACAACACCUACGGCAUUGCAGGUGUGCUGCCGGCCUUUAAAAAGGAAUAUGCUCUUUUCUUGAAGGUUAUGUUGUCGUAUCGGUUCGGAAAUACUGCUGCUGGAAGUUGAUUCCAAAGAGUGGUUGUGCGUGAGAGAAAGUGCCUUGAAAAACGCACGGUGGAGGACCGCCACUCGUUCAGAUGGUUGGGAUGAAAUUUUAGUUUAUGGCGGGUUGUAUGAUGGUGAAAAUCUGCAGCAGGCUAUAUAUAAAAACUAGCCAAGCUAAAUCUCGAGAUUAAAUUAUAUUCCAAGUAUAAAUAAUAUAUAAAGUUUAUUUAUAUAAUACUGAUUUAAGAGUUUGUAAUGUCUAUUAAAUAGCAAACAUGGUAAUAGUACCAAGAAACAAGAAAUC